CUCUGCGUCCUGUUGGCUUUGGUUCACCUCCUUCAACUCACGGUUCACUCUCAAGGGAAAGUAUGGAUUGUGAUGGAAACCUGCCUCAUUCUUCUCAGUGUCCAGCCACAUCAGCAAAGGUCAGGAGAAACAUGGAGGCGAAACACGAGGAGUCCGGCAGAGAGAAGGUCGAGUGGAUGUUGGGGCUGAAAACAUCGAGGCCCAGAAUGUCCAUCGAGCUUUCUUCUUCUGUGUGUGGAGACGAUGGAUGCGUCGAUGAAGAACACGACGGCAGGAGUCACAACCCGGUUUACGCACAUGUGGAGGCACCACAAAAGGACCUCCAGUGUGCAGAGGACAAAGCAGCCACCGCCGCGGCACACACUCAGAUGGCGAACACAAAGCCCAAGGCCGGGGCGCUGGUAGCAUGCAGGCAGCUGAUUGAUGGCAACGAGGCGGCCUCUCUCGGGGACCAAUCAGCACUGACGCCGAAGGGAGCUAUAAGUUUGGCAAACGUCGACCCCGAAAGGAACUCCUCAGCGCUUCAAGCAGCCGUUGCGGAUAGCAGAACUCAGUACUACAUGGACCUUUGCAAGCAGGUUGAGGAGAGAAAGCAACAGACUGAAUGGGAAAGAAGACAAAAGGCUGCCGACGAACAAAAACACUUUGAGACCAUGCAAAGGUCAAUCUGGGGGAUGCCAGGGAGUGGUGCCCCAAACUACCACCAGGGCUCCACAAGAAGGACCAACAGCCUUUUCAUCGCAGGGAUUUUACCACAAGAGCAGGUCCGUGAUAAAGGCUUCAGCGGGACCCCCUUCCACUGCCUGUGAAAUGAGGAACAUGACACCCCCCCC